UGAAACGUGAAACAACCGUACUAUGAUAAACAGUAGUUGAUGUAUUAAUUAAUAUAGUUUACAAAUUUCUAUUGUGGCUAAACAUGGUAAAAACUACAAAAAUUAGACCUGAAAGAGAAAAACCUACAGAUCCACCAAUUGAAUCAACAUGGCAAAAACCAAAUUUGAAAGGAGAUUGGUGUAAUCUCUUUUUAUUGACAUUACUUUACACCAUGCAAGGAAUACCCUUUGGUUUUUCAAUAGGCUUACCAAUAAUUUUUCAGAGUAAAAAUGUGGUUACCUAUGAUGACCAAGGUUCAAUUAGUUAUAUUGUAUGGCCGUAUGGUAUGAAACUACUUUGGGCCCCAAUAGUUGACUCAUUCUAUGUACGACGGAUAGGACGACGAAAAUCUUGGUUAAUACCCCUUCAAUAUUUAAUAGGUGCGUUAUUAAUAUAUUUCACUAAUAACAUGGAUGAAUGGUUACCUGAAUCAGGAAAACCGAACCUCAAGAUGAUUGUGUUGUUUUUGUUCAUCAUCAAUUUGUURAAUUCUAUUCAAGAUAUAGCCGUUGAUAGCUGGGCAUUGACUAUGUUGAAAAAAAAUAAUGYGAGUUAUGCAUCCAUUUGCAAUUGUACAGGUAUCGGCAUUGGAUUCUUAAUUGGCUGCGUUUGCCCGGUUCUUCUUUCAUCUGAGCAAUUUUGUGACAGAUAUUUACGGCUCACACCAAGCGAAGGAGGAAUAAUUAGUAUCAAAAGUAUUAUCUUUCUAUGGGGCGUCGUAUUUUUAUUGAUUACAACUUUAGUUGCUAUCUUUAAAAAGGAAAAGGAUACUAGGAUAGAAAAUGUGAAGAUCAGUAUUUUUCAGAAUUAUAAACUAUUAUGGAGUCUAUUUAAGCUUUCUAAUAUGAGGAUAUUUUUAAUAACUGUUCUAACAUCGGGGAUUGGAUUUUCUACAAUGGAYACGGUCGUUAACUUGAAAUUAAUUGACGCUGGUGUUUCUAAAGACGACAUUAUGUUAAUGACGACUGCCUUGUCUGUCUUUAGAAUAUUUGUACCUGUUAUACUAGCUAAGUACACUGAGGGUCCAAAACCACUCAGCUUGUACCUGAAAUGUACGCCAAUAAGAUUACUUUGGAGUAUACCAUAUGUUCUGCUGAUAUAUUAUACGCCGUUUUUAAUUCAAAAUAAUGGAGUUGUAAAUGUGCCAAUAUAUUAUUAUUUUAUCUUAGGUUUUAUAUUUACAAUAAAUGAACUGAUAGUUAACGUCAUGAUAAUUUCGUAUUUUUCAUUCUUCAUUAAGAUAAGUGAUCCUCGAUUUGGAGGCACUUAUUUAACAUUAUUGAAUACAGCUCGAAGUUUAUCAUGGACAAUACCAAAUACUGUUAUUUUAAAAAUGAUUGAUAUUUUAACAUUCACUAAAUGUUCAAAUGAUGGACAUGAUGGUAGUUGUUCUUCGACAGAUUUUAAAAAUAUUUGUAAUACAAAACAGGGUCAUAAUUGUGUGACAAUUUUUGAUGGUUACUAUAUUGAAGCAGSCAUUUGUAUGGUGAUUGGAUUUGUUUGGUAUGGUAUUUGUAAGCGCCAUUACAGAAAUAUUCAAUCAAAAGAUAUUUCAUAUUGGAUCGUUGAUUUGGAUAGACCUGCAAUGUCAGUAUAUCUCUAAAUCASGCACCGUCGCGUAUCAUUAACUUAAUAACAGUACUUAUAUCUAUCACCUAUUAUAAAGAUUCUAUUACAAAAUUGUAUUACCUAAUUAUUAAAUUGUUGUUUUGUGCUUCACAA